AUGACCUUAAUGAUCGCCCCCGGGUUAUGUUUGAAUGCGGCGGUCCUGGCGGAGAAAAGUUGCGUAGGCCUCACCCCUGGCAACAUUGCGGACGGCGAGAAUCACGAUCGAGGCGCACAGUCGCAGCAGCUAUUUGGUCGUUUCGGGAUCCAUUCCAGCGCUGGCACCGGUAAUGACGAUGAGCUUAAACGUCAGGUCAUGUCCGUAGACAGGGAGGGGAUCGACUUUCGGCUAGAUGAUGUUGCCCAUGAGUGGAUUGGUGUCGCCAACGUGAAGAGCACAAUGGAUGAUAGAAGGGAAGCAUUGACGUAG